UGGAGGACCUAGUUUGCUUGCUGCGAUUGCCAUGGCGUCAUGGCCUGGGUUCUGCUCUUGGCACAGGCCUUGGAGAUCUCGGGGGCGGCCCAGCUGUGUGUCGUGAAGGAGCACGUGCCAGGCAGCUGUGUGGAGGGCUCCGCCGCGGCCUUCGCGGCCCCGGGGCCCGGGGCCCGGCUGCGCGGCGGCUUGCGCUGGGCCGGCCACGGCUGCGAGUCAGAUCUGCCCUCGCUCUCGGAGCACCGCGCCGCGGAGAUCUUGCUGCUGCGCCGGGGCCGCUGCAGCUUCGCGCAGAAGGCCUCCGUGGCGGCAAGGCGCGGGGCGCUGGCGGCGGCGGUGCUGGACUUUGAGGGGGCGGCGACGGGCCAGGCGGAGGUGCAAAUGGAACUGGUCGCAGGCACUCAAGGUCAGCGGCAUCUUGUGCCUUUGCUGCUGCUUCCCGCUGCAGCUUCCGCCCUGCUGGAGGCCGCAGGUGAUCUCGAGGUGGAGCUCUCCUGGGGCCAACCAGCUGCGGCUGCCACGCUGGACCUCUGGCUGCCCUUCUCCGCUGGCGCUGCGGCGCUCUUGAAGGAGCUGGCGCCCGCCGCAGGCCAACUUGGGGACGCCCUUCAGGUCCGCCCCCACUGGCGAGUUGUGGCGCUCGAUCCGGCCGAGACGGCCGGCGCCGGCGCCGCAAGGCGCUGCGCCCGGGGCCUCUCGGAGCUCUGCGCGGAUUCGGAGACGGGCACGGCCGAGGACUUGGAGCAGGCGGUUCGACUCCACUGCGUCGCGAGACGCCACCCAAAGCUCUGGUGGCAGUACGUGGAGUCGGAGAGCGCCCUCAGCGCGGCGCAGGCGGCGUCCGUGGAGCGCUGCGUGGCCCAGGAGGCAUUGAGCCUUCUGGAGGAUGACCGGGAGGCCAUGUCCUGGGGCGCUUCGGAUGCGGUGGCCGUGCGGAUCAACGGGUGGAGGUACAGCGGGCCUGUGCAGGCUCAGACGCUGCUGCAAACGCUGUGCCGCCACAUCUCGCCCAGCCCGGCCGCGUGUGAGCCCUUCUUAGACAAGGACCCCCAUCCGCCGGCAGGCCUGCCGGCCUGGACGUUGCUGGGCCUCUGCGGCGUUUCUGCGCUGCUGGGCCGCUCCUUCCGCCGAAGUCUGCGCUGGGCGCUGGGCCGAUGUCUCCGGAAGGACAAGCGCCUUUGAGGGCGGCGGCGACUCGAAACGGCACGUG